AUUAGUAUGAAAGAUUUGGGCCCAAACAUUAGUAUAUCCAUGUGGCCCAAUUGUUAUACUCCCACAUCAUAGAAAACCCUAACCCUAAACCUCAUUUUUAUUCCCUCUGUAGAUUUUGCUCCGGCCUCCGAUCAUCAUCUCCGACAACACAAUGGCUCCAAAGAAAGGCGUAGUAGCUAUAAAGAAGACCGAGAAAUUGAAGGUGGUCAAUCCGUUGUUCGAGAAGCGUUCGAAGCAGUUUGGAAUCGGUGGCGCAUUGCGGCCGAAGAAGGAUCUGUCAAGGUUUGUGCGUUGGCCGCAAGGUGUUCAAAUCCAGAGGAAGAAGAGGAUACUCAAGCAGCGAUUGAAAGUUCCUCCUGCUCUCAAUCAGUUCUCGAAGACACUCGAUAAGAAUAUUGCUACAAACCUGUUCAAAAUGCUGCUCAAGUACAGGCCUGAGGACAAAGCCACAAAGAAGGAGCGUCUCGUAAAAAGAGCUCAAACUGAGGCGGAAGGAAAAACUCCCGAGACAAAAAAACCUAUUGUUGUGAAGUACGGUCUUAAGCACAUUACCUACCUUAUUGAGCAGAACAAAGCACAGUUAGUUGUGAUUGCUCAUGAUGUCGAUCCAAUUGAGUUGGUUGUCUGGCUUCCUGCCCUCUGCAGAAAGAUGGAGAUUCCCUAUUGUAUUGUGAAAGGGAAAGCACGUUUAGGAUCGAUUGUCCAUAAGAAAACUGCUUCAGCUCUAUGCUUGACUACCGUGAAGAACGAAGAUAAAAUGGAGUUCAGCAGAGUAUUGGAGGCAAUUAAAGCUAACUUCAACGAUAAAUACGAGGAGAACAGGAAGAAAUGGGGAGGUGGUAUCAUGGGCGCUAAAUCACAAGCCAGAACGAAGGCCAAAGAGAGGGUCCUCGCCAAGGAAGCUGCACAGAGAUUGAACUAAGAGCUUCGGGUCAUACAUGCUUGCAUUUGAGCUAGAGAGUUACGAGGCAAAAAUUUUGUUUAGUUUACUUGCUUUGAUCAAAUUUUGGAGACCUUUUUAAGCCUUUUCAUAUUCAUCCCUUCUAUUGCAAAUUACUGCAUUUUUGCAAAGACAUUUUGGAACAUUGGUUUUGGUGGGAAAUCACCACAGCAUUCCUAGA